UGCCUGCCCAGCCACGGUGGCUUUUCUUCUGUGUCGCUACUAGUUAGCCACAAGACGCUAAACGUUGCUGCAGGCUUAUCCCAGUGAGUGAAAUUGGAACUAAUGAAAACCAAGUAACAGUCGCGGGUGGUCUAGUCACAACUGUCCUGGUGGUGAGGAUGAUGAUGAUGGGAGUUGGCUACUACAGCCAAAUGUGCAGCCCCCCACGCUAGUACCAGUCUACAACCCCUGGUCCCCCUUUGAGCCCUGGUCCCACCUGUCCCCACCAUGGCCAACCACCUGGAGCUUCUGAAUGAACUGCAGCAGCUGGAUAAGGUGCCUAGCCUGGAGCGACUAAGGGCCGCCCAGAAGCGCCGCACGCAGCAGCUGAAGAGAUGGGCAGUCUAUGAGAAGGAGAUGCAGAACAAGAAGCGCAAGGCGGACAAGAGGAGGAACACCAAUCAUGCCGCAGCCAUGGAGGCCAAACGACAUGUAUCGUUUGCAGCUAAUGUGGCACUAUUAGAGGCCUCGGCACGGAACGACCCUGACGAAGUACGUUACCUGCUGAAGAACAAUGUCAGUCCAGACUUGUGCAACGAGGAUGGACUCACUGCCCUACACCAGUGCUGUAUUGAUAACUAUGAGGAGAUGGUAAAGAUCCUGUUGAAUCGUAGUGCCAGUGUAAACGCCCAGGACAAUGAACUUUGGACCCCGCUACAUGCUGCUGCCACCUGUGGACAUGCAGGACUGGUCAAGGUCCUCAUACAACAUGGAGCAGACCUGUUAGCUGUGAACUCUGACGGCAACAUGCCCUAUGACCUGUGUGAAGAUGACCCUACCCUGGACAUCAUCGAGACCGCAAUGGCAAAUCGAGGCAUCACCCAGGAGAUGAUCAACGAGACCCGGGCGUCUGUAGAGAGGAGAAUGAUGGGAGAUAUCCAGGAGCUGCUGACUGCGGGAGAGGACGUCAACCGCCACGACUCACAAGGAGCUACUCUGCUCCACAUUGCAGCAGCUAAUGGCUACGUCCAGGGUGCAGAGCUGCUGCUGGAGGGAGGGGCCAGGAUGGACCUGAGAGACACUGACGGAUGGCAGCCGCUCCACGCCGCAGCCUGCUGGGGUCAGAUGCAUGUAGCAGAGCUGUUGGUUUCUCACGGUGCCAGUCUCAAUGCCAAGACCUACCUAGAGGAGACACCCAUUGACCUGUGCGAGGACGAGGAGUUCCGUGCCAUCCUGUUGGACCUGAAACACAAACACGAUAUUAUCAUGAAGUCUCAGCUCAAACACAAGACCUCCCUGUGUAGGAGGACGUCCAGCGCAGGCAGCCGUGGAAAAGUGGUGCGGCGGGCCAGCUUGUCUGACAGACACAACCUUCGUGUGAAGGAAUAUGAGACCGAGGCCAUCGUGUGGAGAGGUGGGAGGGAAGGAGGGAGGGAGGAGCAGGAGAAAGAGAAGGAGGCAGACCAGGAGAACAGCCAUCUGAUCAAUACGACUGUUACUAUGGUGAUUCCGGUGAAGCCAGCAGCGGAGAGGCCCAAGCUCCAGAAAAUCCUUAAAGAUCCUAGUGGCAUCAUCAAACAAAACGGCAUCAUCUCCACGACGACGUCUACGCCCGCUCCCAGUCAGUCGCCGGCCACCAAUGGUGAGGCUCCAUCCCCUGACACGAAGAGUAUGGCGUCCAUUCCGCUGCCCGAGGACUCUUCCUCCUUGCCCAGGGAGCGUGCUCAGACACUAUCAGAACUUAAAAAGCAGAGGUCGGCCGCCAAGCUGCUCAACCACCCUCUCCUCAACGGUCACCUUGGAAACGGCUCCACAGAAACCGCCGAGCCCCAGAGCCCUGUGGACUCCCGCAUGCCGCUGGUCUCCUCCAAUGGCAGCGCAGUUUACUACACCCCGGCCAGCGGGGACCCACCCAUCCUCAAACUGAAACAGCCAAUAGAUGAUGAGGAACUAAAGGGGCACAGCUGCUGCUGUGUCUCCUAGGGAGGGGUGGAGGUCACCCCAAGACACUGAUUUAAGGUCAGGUUUACUAUGUUCUCCUCCAGUGCAUUAAGGUUAGGGUUCGAGGAGGGUAAACUGACCGUAGAUCUGUGUAAAAGGGUAACUUCUUCCCGGAUAGAGUGUACCAGAGCAGGAUGGUCAUGUGACUGAAGCAGGAAGAGAUUGCACAGCGGGACACCAAAAUGCAGAGCCAAGGUCCAAGAAUGCAAUAGGAGUGGAGCUGGUUCAGCCAGGUGAUUGGUUACCUGCCCCUACUCCCUAGUUUUCCUACCCACUGCUGUUUCAACUCCUGGCCACACCAGUAUGGAGGAUAGGAUAACCUUAGAGAAAUCGAGUAAAAGAUGACUUGGGGAAGAGCCAAACGGUGAUAGCUUGUGGUCGAUUGACAGGGCAGGUAUGUGGUGGACACUGUUGAUCUCCCUAUGGAGUGGGUGGCUGAGAUGGUCCAUAGACCUUAAGAGUAUGGAGGAUUCCCCUACCCCCCCGGAGAACGGGCAUGCCACUGUGAUAGAUUGUGGUUGAUGUAGAGGGUAAGGAAGUGGAACGAGAUGGCCCUUAUCCCCUAUGAGGAGAGAACUCUGGUGCCCUAUAAAGGGAUGGAUGCCGAGGCAGCGUGCUCUCCCAUGUUAAGCGUAUGUGGUGUCUUACUUUUGACUGAAUCACUGUUUUCAAACCACAUUCUUACUUUAUCCACUGUUUCUGAAAUUUCUUUGAGGAAAAAAUACUCCAACAUAUCAGAAUACUCUCUCUGUGUUUUUACUGAAACAAAGAGGGAUACUCUUUCUUAAGACGUAUUCUUGUUCAAAUGCUGACUAUUUCAGAAAAGGGAAGGAAUGGUCUAUACCAGGGUGGCAGGUAGCCUAGCGGCUAGCGCGUUGGACCAGUAACUGAAAGGCUGCUGGUUUGAAUCCCCGAGCCAACAAGGUGAAAAAAAUCUGUCGAUGUGCCCUUGAGCAAAGCACUUAACCCUAAUUGCCCCUGUAAGUUGCUCUGGAUAAAAGCAUCUUCUACAUGACUAAAAUGUAAAUAACAAAACAGAACAGUAUUACAGUCAACGAUCUAUCUGCUCCUGUGAAGAAGGAGGAUUGGAGCACUGCACUAUAGACAUUUGAAACAAUGCAGCAUUAAACUCAUCAUCCGUCCUGAUCCGAACUUGCAUCGAUAAAGGUGGUAAAACGGUGUUUGAUAUGCCCAUGUCUUUUUGCUUAUUUGUAGGUAAUUUAAGCAAAAAUAAUUGCUUGAAAAUACAGUGCAUACGGAAAGUAUUCAGUCCCCUUGACUUUUUCCACAUUUUGUUACGUUACAGACUUAUUAUAAAAUGUAUUAAGUAAAUGAAAAAUCCUCAUCAAUCUACACACAAUA